AUGGACUUGUUAGGUGACAUAGUGGAAAAAAACAUCUCUUCUGAUGAAGAGUCAUUGGGCACAAAUCAUAAUAAUGAUCAUGACGAUGACUUAUUAAAUUUUGAAAUCAAAGAACAUAAAGAUUUGGAUGAUAUAUAUCCCGAAAAUAGUGCUAAGAAUGGAUUCCCAGAAUUAUAUAAGCCAACAAAGAUAUCUUCAUGGAAACAAAGAUUAAGAGCUAAGAAAGUUCAACAAAAAGAAAAAUCAUCAUCAAAGGACGAAAUUCCGAGAGUAAGAAGAGAACCGAUGGAAAGGAAAAAAGAAAAUGUCAUGUCUGAAGCACAAUCUAUUCAUAUGGAAAAUUUGAAUCGUAUUAAAGAUAUGACUGAUGAACAAUUUCUUAAUGAAAAGAGAGAAUUAUUAGAAUCUUUAAAUCCUAAAUUAAUUAAAAAUUUAUUAUCUAAAAUUAAUAAAAGGUUAGAUAAUGAUACCAAUAAUAGUACUGCUUUGUUUCCUGAAGUGGAAGGUGCAUCAGGUACGUGGGUUGGUGGUAUAAAUGAAAAUGUUGUUCCAACAACGAAUGACAUAAACAAGUUACCAUCAUUAUUAGAUGAUGAACAAGUUAAAAAAGUAUUAAAUAUUCAAGAUUUAAGUUUAAACGAUUCUGAUGGAAACGAACCACAAAAGGAGGUCCGUUUUGAAGGAGAAAAUAAUAAAACAAUAGAUCAUGAUGAUGAAGCUAAUGUAAGUGUUUAUGAUGAUUAUGAUGAUGUCGAUGAUGUAGCUCCUUUGGAUUAUCAAAUGGCACAAACAAUAGAUCAUAUGUCGAAUGAAGAAUUAAUGAAAGAUGUACAUUUCAUUACUCAUAACCAUAACCAUAGUCAAAAUGAUGAAGAAAUGGAAGGUGAAGAAGAUGUAGAUGUAAAUCUUGAUAUUAAUGAUCCCGAUUUUGAUUCUAAAUUACAUGAAAAAUAUUUCCCCGAUUUACCUAAAGAUAUUGAUAAAUUGAAAUGGUUUCAACAAGUUCCAAAUUUACCUGAAAAUGGAAAUGAGAAUGGUAUAAUUAUUGAAGAUGUAUCACAAUGUCGAUUUGAUUUCAAUGGUAAUUUAAUUCCACCAACAAGGAAAAUUGAUAAUACCACACAUUCUGCAUUACAUCAUCAUGCUACAGAUCCACAAUUAGCAGGUUAUACUAUUCCUGAAUUACAACAUUUAUCCAUAUCGAAUUUCCCCUCACAAAGAUGUAUAUCUAUUCAAAUCUUGGGUAGAAUUCUUUAUAAAUUGGGGAAACAAACAUAUUAUCAAUUAAUCCCCGAAGUGGAUGUAGAGACUUAUCAAGAAGAUGGUAAUAUUGACAAUGUUAUGAAGAGAAUAUAUUCCAUGUUUUGGGAUUUAUGUAAGACAUGUAAUGUGAUUGAAUCUUUGGAGAUUGCAGCAAAUGAAUCAUUUACGAAGAAUUUAUCUGUAAGAAAUUAUGCCAUUGAUGCAUUAUGGCUUUGGCGUAAAGGUGGUGGUGAUUUCAGAAUCAGCGAAGAAAAACGAGGAAAAACGGAUUCCAACUAA